AUGGCCUCAUAUGCAACUGCAGCAAGUCCCGGUGUGCUCAUCGGAAACCUGCUGCUCUUUGGCACCGGCGCAUUGAUCAUGCGCGGAGCCGGUUGUACCAUCAAUGACCUCUGGGAUAGGAAUCUCGACAAAGGAGUCGAAAGGACGAAAACUCGGCCUUUGGCCAGUGGCGCCCUGAGCGUCCCUCAAGCAGUCGGUUUCCUGGGUCUUCAGUUGGCCGGCGGUUUAGCUGUACUCACUCAGUUGAACUGGUACAGUAUUGGUCUUGGUGCAUCAUCACUCGGACUCGUCGCACUCUAUCCCCUCAUGAAACGAAUCACCCAUUGGCCGCAAUUUGUACUCGGACUCACCUUCAACUGGGGGGCUUUACUCGGAUGGUCUGCCGUAGCCAAUGCAGUGGACUGGUCCGUAUGCAUCCCAUUAUAUACCUCUGGAGUGCUCUGGACACUCGUAUACGAUACUGCCUAUGCCCAUCAAGACAAAGUUGACGACGCAGUCGUCGGCAUCAAGUCUACAGCACUUUUAUUCGGGGAGCAAACAAAGCCCAUCCUUAGCGUAUUCUUGACCGCGAGUGCCCUCUGCGCCGGGUAUGCUGGCUUUGUGAAUCAUCAAGGCAUUGCGUUUUUCUCGUCCUUGUCACUUGGUACUACUCUGCUUGGUCUCAAGCUCCGUACAGUCGAUUUCAAUGUACCAGCUCAAUGUAGUCAAUACUUUCGAUACUCUGGCUAUUUUGGCUGGCUUAUCUUCGCAGGUGCAUUAGUCGAUUAUGGCAUCCAAUAUGGCUCACGCAACGUUGAUGACGAGAAAAGCGUGGUUCAAAAGGAGUAG